AUGUCUACCUCGGAGGGUUCAGAGAGUGCUGAUUCCAUGGGCGAGGAUACAAGUCAACUACCACGUAAUAGAAGGUCCAAAGUAUGGGAGCACUUUGAACAAAAUUUGGUUGACGAAGAUGGUGUUCUAAAGGCUAUGUGCAAAUACUGUGGAGGGAAACUUCAGACCAAGUUUGGGACUAGCAGUCUGAGAUCCCAUAUCGCGGAAUCUUGCCGAUCGAUUGAUGAUGACUGUAGGAAGAGGUUUGUGGCGACCAUGAAAACCAAAUCAUCUGAAGCCUUGUUUGUGUUUGAUCUAGAAGUUUGUCGUCAGCUCAUGAUAAAGUUUUGCAUCCAUGCCGAGAUUCCGUUUCUGAAGUUCGAAGACCCAUACCUUCAGCCAUGGAUUGACUCAAUGCAACCAGCAUUUCAACUCAAGGGUCGUCACACGAUUCGUGAUGACGCAAUGAAGAUGUAUAAGGGAAUGAAGAAAGACAUCGAAGUUGAGCUGCAAAAUUUGGAUUCUCGCAUUUGCUUAACUUCUGACAUGUGGACUUCAUCACAAAGCUUGGGUUACAUGUCCAUCACUGCCCAUUACAUCAAUUCUGAAUUCAACUACAAGAAAAAGAUUAUUAGUUUUAGAGAAGUGAAGUAUCCUCACACAGGCUAUGCAAUAGAGGAAGCAAUCGUGGGUUGCCUAACAGAAUGGGAUAUAAGGGGAAAGCUAUUUACUUUGACAUUGGAUAAUGCCAGCAAUAAUACUAAUGCUUGUGAUGAGUUAAUAAAAUAUCACAAACAUGAGUUGCUCCUUGAAGGUAAGCAUUUGCACGUGAGGUGUUGUGCACACAUCCUUAAUAUCCUAGUUCAAGAUGGGAUGAAAAUAAUCCAUGGAGCUAUUUACAAGAUACGCGAGUUGCUGAAACAUGUGGACUCUUCUGCAGCAAGACUUCAAGAUUUUAAUACCAUUGCAAUUGGGAUGGGUCUGACUUCAAAGAAAGGUAUCUAUAUUGAUGUUCCAAACAGAUGGAACUCAACAUGGAAAAUGCUUGUAGAAGCAUUCACAUACAAAUCUGUCCUGACUAGUUAUGCAAGUAGAAAGAUGGAAGAUUCUCCAAGUGAAGAAGAAUGGAAGAAAGCCGAAGCUAUUUGUGAUUUUCUUAAAGCUUUUGAAGAGCUUACCUUGACUGUUUCAGCUCAUAGGAAGCCAACGGCACAUAAAUUUCUGCCGGUUGUGCUCUGUAUUCGCCAUGCAUUGAAUGAUCCUGGUUGGCAGACCUGCGAUGUGUUGAAGGAGCUAGCGGCUGUGAUGCAGACGAAGCUGGACAAAUAUUGGGACCCCGAGGAGAAGGAGAAUGCAGAGCCUAAUCGUCGCAGAAAAAAGGAAAUUGAGCUUAACUUUGCACUUGUCAUUGCUACGUUCUUGGAUCCAAGGAGGAAAGAAGAUUAUUUGGAUUUCUUCUAUGGCAAGGUUUCUACCAAUGAGGAGCAGAUUUCAAAGCAAAUAGACAUUGCUUUAGAUUGGGUGAGAAAGUACAUCAAAGAAUAUGAGCUACUUGCAACGACAAGCACUCAAUUCUUGACACCUCCUAGUCAAGGCGAUACAAAUAUUGGAUCACCCAUUGCCGGGAAAAGGAAGUUGGAACAAGAGUUUGCCCAAUACAAGUCUCGUCGGAGGCCACGUGUACACAAGUCUGAGCUCGACACAUACUUAGAAGAAGCAUCUGAGGAGGACACUCCUGACUUUGAUGUCUUGAGUUGGUGGAAGAGACGUGCUAAAUCUUUUCCUAUACUGUCAGCAAUGGCCCAUGAUUUUCUUGCAAUUCCUCUAAGCACUGUGGCGUCUGAAUCAGCUUUUAGUAGUGGUGGUAGGAUACUUGGAGACACAAGAAGCUCGUUAACCCCUGAAAUGCUACAAGCACUUGUUUGCGCAAAAGAUUGGUUGUUCAUUCCAAAGAAUGAUGAAGGUGUAGUAUUAACUUGUGAUAACAUGUCUACUGUCCACUGUCAAGUAGAAAUUACUAUCCCUACUGCAUGUGUUAGUAUCAACUUGUGA